GUUGGAGUUGGGUGUUCGCAUGCGGCCGCGGGACUCUUACGUCAGACUAAACCAUUUUCGUGGGAGUGUGCUGUAUUGUUGAAUCCAUUACAAGUUCUAAAAAACAUGGAAUAAAAGCUUGAUCAGUUCUCCAUCAACGCCAGGUUUGCCAAUAGCAAGCAAUGCAGUGUUUGAAGUCAGAGUCACCUCAGCACGAAUACAGCCGCCAUUGACACCGGGCCAUGACGUCACAGAUGAACUGAAGCAUGACGGGCAACUUAUUGAAACGCUUGAUAUAUGCGUCUUUAUUCAUAAGCGCCACAGCCGAGAACUCCACCGUCGAUUAUGCAGCCGAGUGGACCACCUACACGGGCCCGACCUAUCGCAAGGAAGUCUUUCCCAAAAAUGACACGUCCGAGCCCUUGGAAGUGGGAAUUUCUGUCCUGGUGAGAAACUUGCCGAAGAUUGACGAAGUAAAUGGAGUCAUGUUCAUGGAGGUCAACCUUCGAGUCAAGUGGCAGGACCAGCGCUUGACGAUUCCUCCUUGGUUGGGCGCCGAGGAUUACAUUCCCCUCGACCCUGUUAUUCUCAAGGAUAUAUGGGUGCCUGACCUUUACAUCGAUCACAGUUCCGAAGCCAUAACGCCAUCUGUACUAACCAGCAUCGCUUCAGUGUGGAUAUAUGGAGACGGGACCGUAGACUACUCGGGGAACAUGUUUAUUCGUGUCGCGUGCCGAAUGAAUUACACCUGGUUCCCCCGCGAUCAUCAAAUAUGCAGUAUUAGGAUUGAGAGUUAUGCCUACACCCUGAACUACAACGUGUACAAGUGGGUUCCUCCAGGCUUGGAAAUCAGCGCAGACAUCUCGAACGAGCAGUUUUAUAUUCGCUUUGAGAAAACGGACCCUUACACACGAGUCCAGGAUGUCUACGGUACUUACCCCGCGCUGGCGUUCCGGGUCCACCUGACGCGGCAGAUAACGUACGUCCUCCUGCAGGUGUACCUACCGUCGGGCCUGUUCGUGGUGGUGUCCUUCGUGUCGCUGCUGGUGCCUCCCGACGCCAUCCCGGGCCGCAUGACACUCUGCAUUACCACGAUCCUUACCAUGUCCGCGCUUCUGGGAGUCGCCAUGCAGUCCACACCACAGGUCAGCUAUACCCGUGCUAUAGAUGUUUGGCUGCUCGUCUGUCUGUCUAUAGUUAGUGUUGUGUUGCUGGAAUUCGGGAUUGUCAUCAAGUUGAGGGAAAGGGAGAAAUUACAGUCCAAGUCACAACCAGCAGUGCGGGUAAUAAAGACGCAGGUCCAGCCCAUCUCAGGGAACCCGACUCUGAAUAAAAAAGAAGGAGCGUGCUUCGCCAUCACCUCAGACAUUGUGGAAAAAGUGUCUCUGGUGCUCAUGCCUCUCGUUUUCCUCGUUUUCAAUGGAGCUUACUGGGCGUGGUUCCUGACGGGCUCUGAAUCAGCCAUACCGCAGGGAUUCAGCACCAACACCACUUUGUGAACGGAUGUGUGGCCGCGAUUCGUUCAGCUGCGAGAAGCACCUUCAGCUGAUCUUUUUUAUUUUUCCUGGGGCUCAAGUUCAGCUUCGGGUAGUACCUUCAAUUGACCUUUUUCCAGGAUUUCAUAUUAAAAGCACGCCCCAUGUUUUUUAACUUCCAAACCAAUUCCCACGAUGGUGGAAAACUCACUUAUAUAACACUAAAAUGAUAGCCUGAAUCGGGCAUUAUACAUACAGCCUAAAAUUAGGAACGAGGGAGGCAAAAACGAAUAAUGACUUCUUGAUUUUUUUAUGAUCUUGAAAUUCCACUGUGUUAACCGCAGUUUAGAUCAAAGGAGAUCACAGUACUUCAUUGUAGUGCACGAGGUCAGGUGAAAAAAUGAUUACCAAAAUAAAAGUACGAUCAACAGAAAAAGUAAGAUUUUGAUUGAGUGGAUAGAGGAGUUUUCGUGCAGGGGUUCGUAUGUGACAGUAUCCUUUUAACUGCCAUGUGUAUUAUGGAAACCCUACCAUACAUUUCUGAUAUUAACUUAUGCUUGCUAACUAUUAAUUCGUUGUUUUAUAUGUUUAUUUUAAGUCUGCUUUUACAUUUUUUUUUAUAAUGCUGACUUUUUUUUUUUUUUACACAGAAUUUAACUUAUUCAUGUGUCAUGAUUUAUCGAUUUAGUUAUUUAUUAGUUUAUUACUUUAAUCCUUCAUUAAUGAUCUGCUUACCACGGCCUCCCGCGAGCAGCCGUACUUUUGAUGUCUGUCUGUCUUGUGUGAAUGGUAAAACACUCUACCGUGUUGAUACUAUGGUAGAAAAACACACAAUGCAAAACUUUUAAUAA